UACGGAGGAAAACUGCUUGCUUCGGCCCGCACCGCCGCCAGGAGGCAGAAUAGGACCCCCUAGUAACAACCGGAUCAUGCGCAGAGUACACCACAAUAGGGCAUAAAAGGACCGCGUGCUAACCCAAACCUCGCGGCAGUUGGUGGAACGCAGAGUCCCCUGUCGCCCAGCGCUGCAUUGCCUCUUUGUUCUUUAUUCAUUAUAAUUAAUAAAUUUAAUAAUUGGCUUCUUGACGUUUGGUCUGUUAUUCAAUUGAUAACAUUAGUAUGGUGUUUUCUCCCCUUGGCCCGUACCAGGGGGACAAGGUGGCACUCCUGUGUUACUAAGGAGACUACGACUGGAAAGUCAAAGAAUGCACCGAGUUCUAACAGGCCUGUCUAGCAACUCCCUUUCUUUUCAGACAUCAGCUCUGCAACACCACCCGUUACGCAGUGAGAGUGACCUCCUCCCUGCCAUGCAACGUUUGGCAAAGAACGCGGUUCUCAUGAACAAAGGCGUUGUCAAACACACGGCAGUAAAGAACAAGGAGCAAAAACUUCAGGACAGGCGUUGCGAUGGAGCUGCGCUCUUUGCUCAUCCACGACCUCGCCCUGCCUCUGCUGGAUUCUUUCUCUGAAUUCCAGUAGCGUCAGCAAUCAGUUUCUAUUUAUUCUGUCUUAUAUAUUUCACUUCUACUAAUAAAGACGGUUGUUUCCUGCUGCAACCUCGUCCCCGCCUGCUCCGAGCUGUGGCGGGCGGGCGGUGACGCAAAGUGAGCAGCGCUCAUCACGCCCCAGCGGCUUUCACAGACGCCGACGCUCCGCCCUGAGGACGAGCGGGGCGGUGCCGCCGUUGGCCGCGGUGCGCGGGAGGAAGUGAGCGCGGCCGGGCGGCUCGCGGUGCUUGACGGGAGCGCGGCUGUUUGAAGGAGAGGCAAUGGCGGGGCGGCGGCCGGAGUCCGUCGCGGCUGGGUCGGGCGCCGAGGCCGAGGAGGCGGCCGAUCCGAACGUGAAGCGGGACGUCCUGGAGCACCUCUGCGUGAGGACGCAUCUGAAGCAGCUGGUGAUGGAGUUCAGCACCGCCUGCCCGCGCAGUACGCCGCCGCCGGGGUUCGCCCCCCCGCCCUCCGAAGAUGAAGAGUGCAGCAGUGGCAUGGAGUUCAACUUCAUCGAAAGUGCCAAAGAAAGUAUGGAAGAAGUGGAGAAAGUAAAAAUUGCCUUUGAAAGCAAAGCAUUAGCCUUACAAAGGAUCCAGGUUAUGGAUGCUCUGAGAAAGAAAGUGAAACAAAAUGAUGGUUGCACACGGCUAAUUAUGGAAACGAUGAAAAACAUAAUCGAGCUCAACUGCGAAAUAUUUCAAGCUCAUCAGCAAGCACGUGUGAUUAGAGAGAAUUUGAAUGACGUUAGAAGGAAAAGAUAUUUUCUGAAACAGGCUGAAGAAGGGAAGGUGCUACUAAUUUUUACCACAAUGAGGAAAAAAAAGGAAGUAGCAAGAAUGAAAAUGGCUGAAAAGUUGAAGUUACUCCAUAGGAAUGUACAGUAUGAAAGGAAGGUGAUUACGUUAAUUCAGAAUAUACUCCAGAAUAUCAUAGUCGGAUGCCAAAUCAGCUGGGCAAAAGAUCCAUCUUUAAAAGCAAUUAUUCUACAGCUUGAGAAAGAUAUCUCCAUUCAAAAUCUCUUGUAGUUGGGAAGAUGUUGUUUAAUUGUAGACUGUACUUACUUAAUACGUUGUAUCUUCUUUAGUGAAAUCACCCUUUCAACUUGAGUUUUUAACCUUUCUGAAGUUUCUCUUAUGUACAGGCUUAGAACAUAGACUUGGUUAUAUUUUAAGCUCUGGACGUUUUCUGCACGCUCUGAAGCGUGUUUCUGCACUGCGCGGUGAUGAGCUAGGUCGAGCACCCGGGAAUUAGAUACGGGCUGCGGUGCGAGCAGCGCCCUGCCUCCUUCAACACCGGCGUGCCUAACCUGUACUCGACCGGCUAAACCCGUCCGCGUCUAACGGCCUAAAUAAAGCGCUGCGUUCCUGCU